GAGCAAAGCUCCGAUACACUAGGAACCCGCUGAAGGAAAGAAGGGAUCGCCAGAAGAAGAGAAUAUUUUCCCUACUGUUUUGUUGGAGUGAUAGUCGUUGAACAAAAUGGCUUUGGACGCCGUGAUAGCUUAUGCUCGGGAGCUAGCUCCUGCUAGCAUUUCUAGGGGCGCUAUUGCUGCCACAGUGCUUGGGGUGUGGCUUUUGAAUAGAAUUUGGCUUGUUUUUUACAGACUUUAUCUGGACCCGCUGUCAAAGUUCCCUGGGCCGAAAUUGGCUGCCGCAACCUCCUUGUAUGAAAUGUAUUAUGAUAUAGCUCAAGAUGGAGCAUUUACAUGGAAAAUGGACGAAUUACAUAAGAAAUAUGGUCCCAUCGUCCGUGUCUCCCCGUAUUCUCUCCGCCUCCGAAAGAGUUCUGCAUACCAUGAGGUUCAUAGGAUGGGCACCCCCUUUGUCAAAGAUGUUAGGUUCUACGGCCAGUUCAAGAUUUACAAUGCUGUAUUCGCAAUCAUAGACACCGAACUCCACCGCCAACGGCGCGCACUACUAAACCCAGUUUUCUCCAGAAAAGCGAUUUUAGACUCAGAGCCUGUUAUCAAGGAGAAGCUCAAUCACCUCUGCCGUCGCAUGAAGGAGCAUGAAGUGCAGGAUAAACUUCUCAAUUGCUACACAGCAUUCGUCGCAUUCACAGUGGAUGUCAUCACUAAAUUUGCUUACGAUAAGAGCUACGAUAUUCUGAGCCUUCCCGACUUCGACUGCCGUAUAGGCGCUGCAUUCGAUUCUCAACUCGAAUUUUUCCUAGUCAUGAAGCACUUUCCCAUCUUGGCACAGAUAUUGCACUCGCUACCCAUCUCGGUUAUCAAUCUUCUGAUGCCCUCUGGGGGCAGCUUUGCCGAACUAGAGCUCGAUGCAAAGCUCCACCUAAUAGACCUCAUCUCCCGCAUGCGCGAUGGGACAAUGAAAAAUAGUACAGCGCACCGGUCCAUCUUUGGCGGGAUCCUCACCGAGCACCCAGAUUUGAAAGCCGACCCGACCGAACUAGCCCAGGAAGCGAUGAGCGUUGUCGCUGCCGGAGUUCAUAUAACCCGGUGGACACUCUGCGUGGGAUUGCUAGAAAUUGCGAGAGAUCCGCUUAUCCAGACAAAACUUUAUGAGGAACUUAAAAUGGCCCGCCCAGAUAUUAAUGCGGAUUUUUCCCAUGUUCAAUGUGAAAAGUUGCCGUAUCUGAGAGGUGUGAUUCUUGAGAUGCUCAGGUUGUCAUAUGGUGUCGUUGGGCCUUUGCCCCGGCGAGUACCCAAGGACGGAGCCGUUGUUGGAGGUUACCAUCUCCCAGGAAACUCAACAAUCGAAAUGGACAGCUACUCCAUCCACCACGAUGAGGACAUCUUUCCGGACUCCCGUCGCUUCUGGCCAGAACGCUGGCUAACCCCCGAGUCCAAGCAGAAGGAGAAAUUCGUUACCUCUUUCGGAGCAGGACCUAGGCAGUGCCUCGGUAUAAAUCUCGCGAUGUGCGAAUUAUACCUGGCCACCGCGACUAUCUUUCGUCGUUUUGAGAUAGAUAUUAGUGCUCGGGGUCCCGAACGGAUGAAGUUCACAGAACACAUGGUUGUCGUCCCCCGAGAUGAACCAUUACAAUGUAAGGUCAUCUCAAGGAAAGAGUAA